AUGGCAGCAGUCUUCAUCAAGAGGCCGCUGCUGGUGUCACACAGGAAAAAAGGGGAAUUUUGCCUGGACCUGUUCCAACCGUCCGGACACGGACGAAGACGCAGGAGUUUGUUGACAAACGACUCGAGCCUGACCAGAAACGACACCGAGGAUCCCUGGAGCUGGUUGGACCUGGACCCCAGCAUUAUCCAGAAACACGUUCCGGCUGAUUUGUGGACCCCGGAAUUCGAGGAACAAUUGAUGUCGGCGAAGCGAAUGUUUCAAAACAAAACGGCGGAACGGGACCGACGAGGACCCAGCAAGGACAUUGGGCAAAACAUCGGGGUUCGAGUGAUUUUGCCGGGAGACGAAUAUUACCACUCGCAGUCCAUCAUUCCUCUGACCUGCGACACGUACCUCGUGGUGGCGGCCAUCAUGGGCGCCAUGUUGCUGUUGUCAGCAAUCAUCAUGUGCUACUUGGCAACCAGACUCAGUCGCUUGCGAACAAAACGCGAAGUCGCUUCUUUGGACAAGUCGUUGCAUUUCCACAGGACCUCUUAUGACACUGGCUGCCCCGGUUAAGGUUAUUUCAGAAAAGACAUUAUUCAUAUGAUGCGAGGGGUGUUCAGAGAGAGACGUCUGAAACCUUUUAGAAGAAAAUAUUCAGGUAAAUGGCAGCAGUCUUCAUCAAGAGGCCGCUGCUGGUGUCACACAGGAAAAAAGGGGUUUAUUUUGUCAAGAAUCAGAUUAUUCUUCGAUGACAAUGAGGACCUAUAUAGAAAUAAGAGAGAAACUAUUUCUGAUCGUAUCCUUUAUUCUUCAGGCGGAAGAACUUUCUGAACACCCCCGGCAACUCUGUUUUCCCAUGGAAAAUGUGCCCUAAAGUGAUCUUGCCCCGUCUUCUCUCGAAGGAGAAUAGCUUUAGAAAAAAAACUUGGACCAUAUGCCGCAUGACCGCUGAAAUCCGAUUUCCGAGGCGAAAGAUUUUCGGGGAGUUCAAAAAGAAAAUUAAUCAUUCUGCAAAAAGGCAUUUUUAUGAGAAAGAGACGAGCGAAAGGAAAACGAAAAGCGACGAACGAGGAAAGAGUUUUUUAGAAACCCACGGUCAUUGACAAAAGAAAUCCGAGGCAGCUCUGAGUGUUUCACUUGUUUGUUUUUUGUUGUUGUUAUAUUGUUUGAUUUCUAAACAAACAAUUUAUUAGAUCCGAGCGCCGCACGUGAUAUUGCAAAAAAAAUUUGUCGGCGAUCUUGUUUCGUUCAAACAUGUAAUUUCGGCAGCUGCGCAAAAAAAAUGAAAAGAAUGCAGUGUGGCAGCAAAAUAGAUAGACAAGUGUACCAAAAAAAAUGCGUGGAAAAUAAAAAUUUAGGAGCACAGGCUUUUCGAGGAAAAGCAUAUUUUCGUAUGCGUGAAACCCGUCAUUGAGUGUGAGACGGAAGAAAACUUGUGAAUGAGAACCAAAGUUUUCGGCGACAAAAAGAGAUCUGAAAGUUUGAUUUUCUCCUGGAUGCGGAGAAUAAAAAUGCAAAAAAUUCGACCCGGUUCAGCUGAAA